GCGCCGACAACACCCACGGAGCUGUCCUCUGCAACUUGUGAGUCCGCAGGAGUAAGACUGCUGGCGUACGAUUCGGGACAAAUAAAUAGGUCCAUUGUGUACCCAUUGUAUCUCAAGGACUUCAUACCUUCAAACACGAUAUCGCGAUAUUCCACCCACUCCAAGACACACUAAGGUAUCCCCGACAACCGUGAAAAUGGUCAAGAUUGCCGUUGCCGCUCCGGGCCAGGUCGCUCGUGAGAUCAUCGAAGUUCUUGUCGCUACUGGGAAGCAUGAAGUGAUCACGCUUGCUCGCCGGGAACUUGCCCCAGAGGAAAUUGUCGAGGGCACAACCCCACUCAAGGUCGACUUUCACAACCAAGCUGAGCUGGAGAAGGUCCUUCAGGGCGUCCAUACUGUUCUCUCGUUUGUGGUUGUUCAGAAUGACCCCGAUGGCAUCGCUCAAAAGACUCUCAUCGACGCCGCCAUCGCAGCCGGAGCCAAGCGCUUCGCUCCGAGCGAGUGGUUUAUUGCUCGCUACACUCAUCUCCAGUGGGCCGCCAGCAAGGUGGCCAUCCGCGACUAUCUCGGAGAAAAGAACAAGGACGGCAAAGUCAUCGAGUACUGUCUGUUCCAGCCUGGCAUAUUCACUGACUACCACGCCAACGAGAACAUCAACAAGCAUCUCAAGACGAACGACUUCCUCCCCAUUGACUUUGCAAACCACAAGUUGCUCGCUCCCGGGAGUCUCAAACCCCGCUUGACGGCCACCACAGUCCGGGAUGUCGCCAACAUCGUCGCAAAGGCAAUCGAAUACGAAGGCGAGUGGCCAAAGAUUGGAGGCAUCGCGGGUGAAACACUUACGCUCGCCGAGGAGCUAGCGAUUGGGGAGAAGAUAAGAGGCAAGAAAUUCGAAGUUGAGUUGCUGGAUGUUGAUAGCCUCAGAAAAGGAGAAUGGAACGGUUCGUGGGUCAAACCACUUGAGCACCCCUCGAUUCAACACCUUGACGAGGAGACGCGGGCGGCCUUCUCCAAGGCGGCGUUUUCGGGUUUUCUGCUUGCGUUGGUGGACGACGAGUUGGUGGUAUCGGAUGAGUGGAACCGCAUCUUCCCCGACUACAAGUUUACAGGGGUCGAGGAAUUCGUCUCGAAGUUUUGGGCCGGGAAGCCGUAG